AAUCAUUACCCUCGUUAACAUUUCUAUGCGAUCACUCUCUUUUUAAGCUCCUUCUUCCACCUCGCUCUCUCUCACUCAUCUUAAAAUACCAAAACCCAAUUCACACAAACAAAAUAAACAAUGGGAGAUCGUAAACGCUCUUCUCCAACAAUCGUAACCAUGAACGAAGCUUCUCCAAACGGAACCUCCAUUUCCAAGAAAAGAAAAAUCACUGCAUCUGCUUCACAUUUGCAUCACCAGAGUAUCUCGUCGGUAACUUCCGUGAAUUCCGCUGCCACGGUGUCUUCCGACGAAUUUUGCUCCGAUCACACUCCGCUUCCUCGUUUCAGCUCCAGCAAGGUUAUGGAAACCUGCAACGUCGUUAAGGAACGCGACUCAACGUCGUUAGAUCCGGAGCUGAAAACAAAGAAUUUCGAAACGGUAGACUUAAACGCAACGAAACGCAAUUUGAAGUCGUUCAGGGAAGAGGAGAUUGAUGAAUUCUUUGCAAGGUUCGAGAGGGAGGAACAAAAACGGUUUUCUGAGAAGUACAACUUUGAUAUUGUUAGAGAUAUGCCGUUGGAGGGUCGUUAUGAGUGGGUUCAUUUACAUUGAAUGUCAUGAAUGAACAGAAGAGAGAGAAAUAGAGUGCGUGCGUUUUUAGUUUUAGAGCGAGAGUCAGAAAAAGUUAUGGAGGGUGAAUUAGGGGAGAGAGGAUAGGGUGAGAGUAGUAGCGCCCAGUGGAGAUAGGUGACCAACCGGUAUAUGGAAACUAAUGUGACACAAGGUUAAAGGAAAUUGACCGUGCAAUAUAUGAGAGACGGUGAUGCAGUUGAAUAAUGGUUAGGAUUUUGUACAGCUAAAAUUAUUUAUGUAUAUGUAACUGCUUAAUUUCUUUUUAGGUUGGAUUCAACAAGGUGACUACUUUUCUGCUCAUAGAUAAAACUACAAGUUGAAAAUCUAGUUAUUUUAAUUUCUUCAGGUUAAUUAACUGUUAGAGUGACACUGUGUCUAUUUCAGUGUUUGUUUCCAUUACAAUAAGUUUUACAUUACUCAAUAAUGUCUUGAAUUGUAGUAAUUUUAUAUUGGACCUUCCUUUUUGGUGCACGUUUCCUCUUUGGCUUUCCACACCUUCAACUGCUUUCAUUUUUAUUUUUAUGUAUGGAAUAUGUAAUAUGGAAUAUGGCAUACUACUUUUUUCUCUCCUAUUUUGGAAUAUCCUCUAGAUCCCAAGUUAUGAUGCCACAACUCAGUGUGGGGACCAUGUAUAUUGCCUGUCACAUGUAUAUAAAAUGACUGCGUAAACUUAAUUAAUUUUUUCUUUUUUUUCUUCA